UCUAUAUAAACACACACCUCAACUUCCAUUCAAACUCAUCUCCCACUCUCUCUCUACAUCUACCCCUUGUUUUCUCAUCAUUUACCAUUCUGCCAUCCUGAUACUGAACCAACAAUACUAGAUGUCAACAAAGAAGAGUAUCCGGAAAGGCCAGGAUAAGCUAAACAAGAAGGGGAGAUUAACCGAGAAAGCGAUGUCCUUUCACGGCCACUCGGCUGAAGAAAUGGUAGAAAAACUAAGGAGGCCGAGGACACUGCCGGAUUUAAAUCCGGGCAGGUUUUCGUCCUCCACGGAUAUGCUGCGACCGAAGCUAACGAAGCUACUGCUUAAUGUAACGGUACAAAGAAGCUUAGGCCCGGUGCAGGUUAUAGUUUCACCCGAGUCGACUGUGAGGGAUCUUAUUGCGGACGCUCUACGGCUCUACUCUAAGGAAGGCAGGCGACCGGUUUUAUCGUCACUUGAUCCGUCUAGUUUCGGUCUCCAUUACUCGCAAUUUAGCUUAGAAAGUUUAGAUCCGGAUGAAAAGUUGAUCCAGUUAGGUUCAAGGAAUUUUUUCCUUUGUCCUAAGCGAACUGCGAACGCAACGUCAUCAUCUACUUGCUCGGAGGAAGCAGAAAAUGUGACGAAAUUUAGUGCGCGUUGGCUUCGAUUCAUGAACUUCUCGCAGUAAGAAUAUUUGAUAUUAUAUCAUACAUUAGGCGAAUUAGUAUGCCCAUGCCAAUUUCAAGUUGUGGUCACGUUAAGACCGAUCGACGAUUAGUAUUGUAUAGUGGCGAAGACGUUUCAUAUGUAAACUGUAUAAAAAUAUCUUUUAUUUUGUUUAAUUUUGAGGCUUGCAUCGUUUGUUUGA